AUGCCUAGCCGGAGACGUCGGCGCCCAGCCGCCUACCUGUUAAAGGUUAAGCAAAGGGAAGAUGAGAAUUUAAAGGCCUACUUGGCCCGUUUCAACAAAGAGCGCUUAACAACGAAUGACCAAGAUGGGAAGAUCACUCUGGCCACCCUCUUAGGAGGGGUAUGGCCACGCAGUCCUUUCAUGGCAGAGUUGGCCCGGAGGACUCCCUCCACCCUCAGGGAGUUCAUGGACAGGGCGGAUGAUUUUGUCAAUGCUGAAGAUACUCUACAGGUUUUGGUGGACCCUUGUAAAGAAGAUACUCAGGUCAAGCGGAGAAACAAUCGGGUUGAUAAGAAGGGUAAUCCCAGUAGGCGAGAAAGAGCAAGGGAAGGACGAUCAGAUCACAACCUCAAAUUGGUACACAACAAUCUGGGCGUACAGGAAGGAGAGAGAAAAAAGGAAAGCCAACGCCCUACCAAAACAGGCAGUCGGUAUUGCAAGUACCAUCAGACGAGCUCGCAUUGGACGGAGGACUGCACGACCAUGAGAAAGAGAGUCGUUGAGUUAGCAGGAACUGGCGAAUUGGAGCGAUCAAAGCCUAAAAGGCGUCAGGAGACUAGCCGAAAGGCGUAUGCACGGAAGGCAAGAUAUGAAGAGGUGUUCAUGGCGGAUAGGACACACAAGCAACCAAAGCUUAGCAAUGAGAAAAUGGUGAUAUCCUUCGAAGAGGCAGAUAGGGAAGGAAUUAUAUACCCGUAUGAUGAUGCUCUAGUGAUAAUCCUCGUGAUAGCCAAUUAUACAACUAGGUGGGUACUAGUAGACAAUGGGAGCUCGAAUGAUAUACUGUUCUGGGAGGCGUUUGUCAAAAUGGGGAUAGAUGUUGGGAGACUGAGGCUCUUCCCUACAGGGGAUACUAUCCAGCCCGUAGGGGUGAUCACGCUCCUAGUAACUGCAGGCACAGGGGCGCAGACAGUAACCACGAUGACUGACUUCUUAGUAGUAAAAGCUCAUUCCUCCUACAAUGCCAUAUUGGGCAGACCAACACUCAACCAUUUGAGGGCAGUAACAUCCACCUACCACCUCAAGAUGAAGUUCCCAAUAGAUGGCGGCGUGGGAGAGGCGAGAGGCAAGCAAGCCCUUGCUCAAGAAUGUUAUGUUCAGGAAUUAAAGAAAGUCAAGAAGGAAGUCUGCACUGUCGCAGGACAGGAUGGGCCUUAUCGCCCCUGCCCCCACCUGUAG